GCUCUCUCCUCUCCUCUAUUUUCACUUGGUUAGUCUAUAAAGCAAAGAGAAGGUGAGAGAGAUCACAGAGAGAGGGAGAGAGAUCAGAGAGAGAUUGGAAUUAUGGGGAGAGGUAAGAUUGAGAUCAAGAGGAUUGAGAAUUCAACAAACAGGCAUGUGACUUAUUCAAAGAGAAGGAAUGGUCUGUUCAAGAAGGCUCAGGAGAUCAAUGUUCUUUGCGACGCUAAAGUCUCGGUGGUGGUUGUCAAUAGUUCAAACAAGAUGUUUGAGUUCUGCAGCUCUAACACCACUUUGGCUAAUCAGCUGCAAAGCUACCAGGACAUAUCCAGAACAAAGCUUUGGGAUGCAAAGCAUGAGGACCUGUCCAAAGAAAUUGAAAGAAUCGACAACGAAAAUAAGAGCAUGCAGAUUAGGCUGAGGCACUUGAAUGGGGAAGAUGUUACAUCCCUGCAUUUACCAGAACUCGCUUCCUUAGAAGCUACUCUUGAUACUGGCCUUAGGAGAGUUCGAAACUGGAAGAUGGAGGAAUUCGACAAGAUUACUCAACGUGAUCAAGACCUGGAGGACGAAAACAAGCGCCUCAGGUUCAUGCUGCAACAACAAGAGAUGGGAAUGGCAGUGGCAGCAAUGGACAGUAAUGUGAGGGAUCAAUACCAGCAGCAGAUGCCCUUCUCAUUCCGCGUGCAACCCAAUCAACCAAACCUACAUGAGAGGAUGUAAUUAAUUAUCUCAUUCUCAUGCACUACAAAUCCUGGAUGGAUCUUAUGAUCUUUAUCAUAAACUGUUGAUUAAAUUAGUUAGCUCUAAAUAUGCCUUCUCCUUUUGCAAUGAAGGAAAGCUAUAUUUGAGUUCUAGUGUGUGUGUGUGUUUUUCUUCAUGUACUGAUGUGGUUUACACCAGCUAGUGUGUUUGAACUUGAUCUGUGAUUUGGGAAACAAUUCCUGUCUUUCCGCAAUAUAUGUUAUCUCUCACAUUCUAAUA